UCCAAAAACCUCGUCACAACACUCGUUUAUUUUCUUUUCCAACUCUUCUUUCUAAAUGAGCUUCAUAAAGACCAUCGUAGAGCUACUAAACACUCUUCCAUACUUCACUGGCGGCGAGGCCACAAACCCUCCCUGAUUCUUCUUCAUCUUUUGCUUCUCAUACUCAUACACUAUGGCUUCUAAUACGGGAACUGAAUCUACAAACGGUUCCUCCAGCUCUAAAGAAGCAGAGAAGCCUCCUCCGAUUGAGCCUAUAAGACUGCCCACCGCCGAGGAAAUACGCGGCCAAGACAUUUGGAACAACUGCGCUGUCCGCAGCGUCGUUAGUGGGGUCAUGGGAGGUGGGCUUGGAUUAUUCAUGGGUAUGUUUCUAGGAGCACUGGACAACCCUAUAAUGCAAGAGGAAAUGACUGGUAGGCAGCAGUUUAUUUAUACAGCAAAGCAGAUGGGGCGGCGGAGCUUGAGUUCCGCCAAAGCAUUUGCAAUUAUGGGCUUGGUGUUUUCAGCAGCUGAAUGUGUUGUUGAGAAGGCACGGGCAAAACAUGACAUGACAAAUACUGUUGUUGCUGGGUGUGUAACAGGAGGCACACUAUCAGCAAAAGGUGGUCCAAAAGCAGCUUGUGCUGGUUGCGCUGGCUUUGCAGCAUUUUCAGUCCUCAUAGAGAAGUUUCUGGAUAGACACGAUUGAUUUAGUGCAUUGCUAUUGUGAUCCAAUUUUGCAAGCAUUAAUUAUUACAAGAGAAGUGAUAGCUUAUCUUCAAAUUUAUGAUACCUUAUUUUCAUCAUAGAUAUAACCCCCUUAAUUAAAGGGAUGCAUUAGAGGGAAUUCAUGAUUUUUGAUUUAGUACGAAUACUGUAUUUCUUUCAUGAUAGUUUCCUUUGCGGAAGUAUUCUUCAAACUGAGGAAGUUCAGUAGAUUAAGUAGAUACUAUUAUACAUGUGUUUGGCAUUCAAAGAAAACAGUGAAAGGGAGUUUCCCAUAAGGUUAUUCUAUUUA